GACCAUGAUACCAUUAUGCCGGGUAAGGCAAUCUAACUGCUAUAUAACCCGACUGCCCAUCCUACACAGCACAGUUUGUGUCUAACCGGAGCACUCGUAUCACCUAAUUAUUUAUUAAACAUGAAGCUGUUCGUAGUUGCCGCUAUCCUCGGGGUGUGCUCUGCUGCCCGCUUGGACAACGCGUACCUCCCUCCUAGGGGAGGCGCAGGCGCUGGAUUCGGCGCAAAUGGUGCCGGCUUCAGCGGUGGUGCCGGCAGCUUCGGUUCUGGUGCUUCUGGUAGCUUCGGUGGAAGCUCUGGCGGCUUCGGCGCGGGAGCCGGGGGCUUCGGCGCUGGAAGAGGUUCAGCUAGCGGAUCUUACAGCCAAGGUGGCUACAAUGCUGGUAGCCAAGGAGGCUACAACGCCGGCAGCCAAGGUGGCUACAACGCUGGCAGCCAAGGAGGCUACAACGCCGGUGGUUUCGGUGGCAGACAGUCCGCUGACGCUAGCGCCCAGAUCCUGAAACUGAACAGUGAAGUCACCGCCGAAGGAUUCCAAUAUGAAUACGAAACAUCCAAUGGUAUCAAGGCUGACGCAUCCGGAGUUGCCACAAACGGCGUCCAAUCCCAAGGCAGCUUCUCCUACAAGGGUGACGAUGGCCAGGACUACAGCAUCACUUACACCGCUGACGAGAACGGUUUCCAGCCCCGUGGUGCUCACCUCCCCACUCCCCCCCCCAUCCCAGAAGAGAUCCUGAAGGCCCUGGAACAGAACGCCCGUGAUGAAGCCGCUGGCAUCGUUGACGAUGGUUCAUACCACGGUGAGGGAGCUGAAGCCGCUGCUGGUAACGGUGGAUACUCUGCUCCUUCUGGCCAAUACGGAGCUCCUUCCAGAGGCUUCGGUGGCAGAGGAUCAACCUUCGGUGGCCAGUCUAGCUUUAACGGCCAAAGCUCCUCUUUCGGUGGACAGAGCUCAAGCUUCGGCAGCCGGGGGUCAUCUUUCGGUGGCCAAUCCUCCGGUUUUGGUGCUCCCUCCCGCCAGUACUUGACCCCUAACGCUGGUCGUGGAUCAGGCAAUGGCAACUUCAACGCACAAACCGGUUACCGUUAUUAAGAAAUACUGAAAUAAAUGAAUAGAGCCGACCACCGAUAUAUUGUGGCUUUAUUGAUUUUGAUGGUAUUUCUACUUCACGAUGUUAGUUUCACGAAUUGUGACACUUUAUGAUUUUGUUUCUUUGUUUUUCUUUUAUGAUGUACUUAAUUCGGUCUUGAUCUUAUAAUAUUUAUAAGUUUAGGAUCUAAACAGACAGCAUUCAUUACUUAUUAUAAGUAAUUUCAAUAGUUAAUCUGGGUUCGUAAUUUUUUAUUGCCGCAUCAAAUACAGGAUGCAUUACAAUUUCAUACAAAAUAUUUUUUAUAUUUAUAUUUUUUUAAACAAAAUCGUGCAAGUGUCAUAAAAAUCGAUAACUUGGAUACGCUCUCUUGAAAUAAUUAAGCUGUGAACCGUUCUUGUGAUGUUAGAUUCGGUUAACCAAACUAUAGUUAACCGGAUAAAUUAAAAAGCCCCUUCUGUAUAUCCCAUCUCUUUCACUCUUCAUUAAUGAUCUCAAUCAUAACAUCUUCCCUCUCAUUUCCUCUUGUGUAAAUUUGUUCUAGGCUUAGAUAAGUAAUAGUUACUUGGCAAUGUAAAUGGACAGUACUAGAUUUAAGUACGACGAUGGAUUUAAAAAUAUAAAAAUAGCUUAUAAUUGUAAAUAUGAAUAAAUAAAUGUUUUUAUAGCAA